ACUGCUCAAAGGGAACAGAGUAUACAGGAAGAUCUGCUAGAGAGAACAGCUGAAGUUGCACAGGGGAACAACGCAAAGGGAGUAUAUAAAAAAAAAGUGCACAGUGCAAGGGGAAAUCUACAAAAUAAUUGGAAGAACACAGAGAGUGCACUACAACAGAGGGAACAGAAAGUAGAAAGGAGAACACACAAGGAAUAAAAACAGGAGUUACACAAGUUUAUAAUAUACGGCUCAACACAGGCUUCUUGAGAUAACAUACAGAACAGUAGUGGCAUAAAGUUAGCAGUUUCAGACGGGAUAAAAUAAAGAAGAGAGAAAAUGGGCACAUCACAUAGACAACACCUCCACUGAAAUAUUACGGGGACAACAGCAUUGGAAAUAUAGAAAUUCCAACACAAACCAUUGAUAAUAGCGAUAAGGUACUGGAAAAUCAGUACAAGAAGUUGUACAGUCGUAAUAGAAAACAUUACAAAGUGUGUAGUACAUUAUCAGUACAUAUACUACAGUAGUGGAGGCGAUAAAAAAUAAGGUACAGGUACGGAGAGAGAGCAAAGUGGUUGUAAACUAAACAGUACAGGGCAGUAGUUUACCACCCAGAUAGUUGUGGAAAGUGCGCAGAGCAGAUGGAGAAUAGGAGUAACAACAUCGGAGGAAGAGUGUAGAGAAAAUAGUGUAUACAGAGAAGAAAUUCAAAGAAAUUCAAAGACAAAGAGCAUUGGAUCUUCAGCACAUCGCUGUAAAAUGGACUUCAGGCUCCUCAUAAUCCCUUUGCUGCUGCUGCUACUCGUUAAUUCCAUCAAACCUACAAAAACAGCAAAAAGUCAGGAAACUAAACAAGGAAUUUACCCUGCAGUUAAUUCCAUCAAACCUACAAAAACAGCAAAAAGUCAGAAAACUAAACAAGGAAAUAACCCUGCAGGUUCCAACAGUGAAAACUUCACGUGCAUUCAACAACCAUCUCUGAUAAAUAAAACCUUGUGUGAAGGACAAAACGGUUGGUUAACUGAAGAUGGUAUUAACUGUAGCUGCUUCGAGGGAUAUAUAGGCCCAGAUUGUGCAGAUGAUGUUAAUGAAUGUAUCACUAACAAGAGAUGUGGUAGUCAUACAUGCAACAACACCAUGGGAGGUUACUUCUGUACUUGUAAUAAAGGCUAUUACACAGAACAAAACAAAGCAUUAUUCUGCCCUAAUGAGCCGGCAUGUAUAGAUAUAAAUGAGUGCGAAGAAGACCGAUUGAUCUGUGGACCAUAUGGAAACUGUUCUAAUAUUGAUGGCGAUUAUACCUGCAAGUGCCUGGGAAAUUCACGUAAGAUCAUCAAUAACACAAAGGACCCAUGUGUUGGAAAAGAGCUGACCGGGCCUGCCUCUGGGUGCCACCUUGGAGGGGAGGGUAGGAUUAUCGGUAAUAAGCACAGUAACGUGAAAUGUAAGACGACAUCGAAAGAUGCUCUGAGCGAGACACAGCCACCAUGCACAAAUUCAUUGUGUCAUCUAAAUAACCUCAUCUCUUCUGUAACUCCAUCAUGUAAUGAAACAACAGUGGACCAACAAUCUGCUAUGGAGAAGUUACUGAAUGAACUGGAAUCUCUUCUUGCCGAUCCAGUCGAGGACAAAUUAGAGUUUGCAAAAGAGAUGCUCUACCUGGUAGAGGAUAUAAGCCGGGUACUUACUCUCCUGCACCAGACAAAUAUUACACUGCAGAGCAAAGAGAAAAGCAUUGCGCUCUAUAGUUUGCGUACCAGUAUUCCGCCUGAGAGGAUCUCUUUAAAGAGCAACGCAAGUUUUUUACACUUACAUGGGAAGGAUGCUGCAAACAGGAUUCUAAAAGAUUUGAUUGUGUUUGGCUUUCUAGAAUACCGCAACAUUUCUCAUUUGCUUCAAAACGCUAGCUUUUUAGAUGCAUCUUCUAAAGUUCACCGUAGACUAAUAUCUCCUGUGAUUAGCACCUUUGUCGGUAGCACAAAUACUACAGAUCUGAAGGAACCAUUCAAUUUCCGACUACAACAUGAGACAAUCGAGAAACAUAAUUGGACAGUUUGUGUAUUCUGGGUGCAUGAUAAAAAAUCCUGGAGCAGCACAGGAUGUGAGAAAAUAAACAGCACAGAAAAUGAGACUUUCUGCCGCUGCAGUCACAUGACUAGUUUUGCCAUCUUGAUGGCUAUGCACGAUAUUGAGGAGAGCUGGGAACUUACGCUAAUCACAAAGAUUUGUCUCUCGAUCUCCAUCAUUUGUCUUGUUCUGUCCGUCCUGACUUUUGGCUUGUGUCGGUCAAUUCGAGGGAUACGAAACACGAUCCACUUACAGCUAUGUGCCAGCCUCCUAUUUGGAAAUAUCAUAUUUUUGUGGGGAAUACAAGCCACUUGGCACGAGGUCCUGUGCAGUGUGAUAGCAGGAUUUUUGCACUUUUUUUACCUUUCCGCCUUUUGCUGCAUGGCUCUAGAAGGACUGGAGCUCUAUUUGAUGCUAGUGACAGUGUUCAACACCCACAUAUUGAAGAAAAGACAUCUCUUAGCUGUAGGCUAUGGAAUUCCAGCUGUUAUUGUCACCAUCAGUGCAAUAACAUACUCCAAAGGAUAUGGGACUCCCAAACACUGUUGGCUGUCUCUGGAGAAUGGUUUCAUUUGGAGCUUUAUUGGACCAGUCUGCUUUAUUUUACUGAUUAAUUGUGGAAUUUUUGUACUCACUGUUUGGAAACUGACUGAGAAAAUGUCAUCUAUCAGCCCGGAGAUGGGGAAAUACAAGAUGAUCAGGACCCUAACAAUUACUGCAGUGGCACAGCUCUCCAUUCUAGGAUGCACAUGGGUAUUUGGAUUUCUGCAAUUUGGAGCAGCUGCCCUGGUUUUUGCCAAUUUAUUUGCUAUCCUCAAUUCCCUACAAGGACUACAGAUCUUUGUAUUGCACUGCCUGAUAAACAGACAGGUCCGUGAUGAAUAUGCACUCUUGUGUUGUGCAAUCGUUCAUCUUAAGACACCAAGCAGAUACACAGAGUUUACCAGCAACAGUGCAUCUGCCACAAAUACUCUGACUAAGGUUAAAUCACCCAACAAAGAAUCCAACCUUUAGCCCAAGAAAACAUCUUACAACUAAAUCUUCAAACGCAUUUCUACUUUGUCAAUCAAAACCUCUUACAGUGACGGUGGGAAUUGUGGACUUGAAUUAAAACCGCAUGGAAUUAAAUAAAAAAAAAAAUGUAGCAAGUUUGAAAUAUAUAAAGUUUACAUAUAGCUUAAAACAAAAAGGCACAAAGCUAUGUUUAAAGAGGUUUUUGAAAACUUCAUCAGGAGUCUGCUUCUGGUCACAAAUUUGUGUGGCUUAUCUGUACAUCUAGCAAUUACAUUUAUUAGACAAGACUACCAUAAGGUCAUUGCCCAUAUACAGAAAUGUAUCAUUUCCACAUCAGUGUCAUCAACCCUUUUAAACCCGUUUAGACUGUCAAGUUACUUCAGUGCACAAGAGGGUUUUUAAUAGUAAAAAAAAGUUUUAAUUUUCUUCCCAUUUUUACACAACUCAAAGUUCUUAAUAAAAAAAUCCCAGGAUAAUAAAACCAGUCUUCGCUCCCUAGUCUGGGAGGACAAAACAAUCAGAGGCUUGGUUAUCGGCUCUGUUCAACUGCAGAGGAGAAAAAAAAAAAAAAGUGUUAGGUACAUACUACAACAUCACUAGAAGCAAAUGACAUUUUUCAAGUCAGAUGAUUUUACUUUCUGAACUAUUCGACAGCUAUAUUCAAAAGUGACUUUCUGCAUCACAAGUGGGAUUGGAUUCUCAAUAUUCUUGCUUUCUUUUAAAAUGUACAUAAACUUGCUGUUGUAAAUCAUGGCCUGUGGCCUAUAUAGCUUUUUUUUAAUGUUUAAAAAAAAAAAAAAAAAAAAAUAUAUGCACUGCAUUUGGGAAAAGGCUUGGGUUUUCCCGAUUCACAUUUGCACCUAGCGAUAACCCAAACACAUAAUUGGAAAUAAGAGGAAACUGAAAAAUUUUAUCUUUCUAAAAAUGUCAGACAUUGGACUUGUUUAAAAAAGUGUGACUUAGAAAGCAUGGACCCGUUUUACCUUUUAAUAUAUUUGAGAAGGGCUUAAAUAGUGGAAGUUAAGGUACUAAAAUUUUACUUCCAGCUCCUAAAUUUGGGAUUCUACACAUCCUAGCAUAUUAGGUAACCAAGUCUAUCUCAACUGAACAAGCACAUGAAUGGUAAAACAAAAACAGUAGCAUAAAAUUGUCUUUUCAACAGUAUAUAUCUAUACACCAUUAUGAAAACCAAAGCUUGGAUGUGAAUAGAGUAUAUUAAAUUAUUAUUUAAAAAGAUAAUCCCUUUAUUACCCAAUCCCCCAGUUUUGCAAAGCCAACACUGUUAUAUACUUUUUACCUCCGAUUAUCUGAAUCUAAGCCUCUCUGAAAACUGCCGCUUAUCUCAGUGCUUUACAAACUUGCAUUUGAGCUAAUCAGUGCUGUUUCCUGCAUAAUCAUUCUCCACAGAAGUGAGUAUGUUACCUAAAUGGCAAACGCAAACUAGCACUGUCUGGUUGUAAAUAGCACUGAGAUGAGGUGGCCUGCAUGGGGCUUAGGCAGAGGUUUUUUUUUUUAAGUAUAUUAAUAGAACCAUUUUCUUUAGGCAAAAAAGGUAGUAAAGGCGUUAUCCAUCUUUUAAACACACAAAAAAAAAGUAGUCCACUUUUAAUACAUAAAUCCAGUUUAAUAGAGUCUACAAAGUGAGACAUGAUUAGACUAAAGAUAAUGUAUUAUAGAAGAAACUAUUUACUGUACUCACUAGUACAGAAUUUAAAUGCAGCUUAAGGGGGAAAUAUAGAUCUCAAGAAUUAUAAUUUGAAAAAAUGCUUGACAGAUUUACUUUUCUGUGCCUAUGUCUGCUUGUUACCACAUCAAAUAACUUUUUUUUAAAAAAAAGCCAAAGAUUAGAAGCCAAAAAUAGUUUCAAGAGCCCUGACGCCUUAGUGCCAGGCAUUGUUAACCCCUGCAUUACAGGUACAUGUAUAAACCCACAUAAAAUCAAACAUCUUUUUAGGGGUUAAAGUCUCAGAUGACAGGCCUGCUUCAUUGUGUAUGUGUCAACAAAAUUUUGUGGGAAUAAACCAUUGUUAAGCAAA